GCCUUCCCUUUCACUGAAGUUCAGACGCAACUUCAGUCGCAGCCAUGGCACAGGUCGGAAAGGUUGCGUCACGCUUCGCUGGCCAGGUUCUCAGCCGGUCUUUCAGCCCGAGGACCACCGUCGCAGCGAGACAAGUUGGCACUACGAGCAAGCGUGAUGGAGAGCCCUCGGCUGACGCUCAGGAAGAGGUGGUGCCGUUCAGACCCACAACCUCGCAGGCUCCAACCAUGAUGGACAUUGGCGUCAGAUCCAUCUUUAAUGAAGACCAUGACAUCUUCAGAUCCUCAGUUAGGAAAUUCUUCAAUGAGGAAGUUGUGCCUUACCAUGCUCAGUGGGAAAAAGAUGGCCAGAUCUCUCGUGAAUGUUGGCUGAAGGCUGGUGAGCAGGGUCUUCUCGGGACUGACACCCCUGAUCAGUUUGGAGGCAUUGGAGGUGACUUCAAAGAUGCAGCAAUCAUUAUGGAAGAACAAUCAUAUGUCAACUGCUCCGGCCCAGGUUUUGCUCUUCAUUCUCAGAUUGUGAUGCCAUACAUUACACACUAUGGUACCCAGGAGCAAAUCGACAAAUACAUCCCUGACAUGGUGGCCGGGAAGAAGAUCGGAGCCAUUGCCAUGACUGAACCAGGUGCCGGAAGUGACUUGCAAGGAGUCCGUACAAAUGCACGAAGGGAUGGUGAUGACUGGAUUCUGAAUGGCUCAAAGACUUUCAUCACCAAUGGCUACAUGAGUGAUGUGGUCCUUGUGGUAGCUGUGACCAACCCAAAUGCCAAGGCUGCAGCUCAUGGUAUUUCACUGUUCUUGGUGGAUGAAGGGAUGGAAGGCUUCAGAAAGGGACGUAAGCUUGAGAAAAUGGGCAUGAAGGCUCAGGAUACCGCUGAACUGUUCUUUGAUGAUGUACGUCUCCCAGCUUCUGCCCUCUUGGGAAAAGAGAACCAUGGCUUCUAUUACCUGAUGAAUGAACUUCCUCAGGAACGUCUUCUCAUUGGUAUUAUGUCUUGUGCCAAUGCUGAGUGGCAGUUUGAAGAAACCCGUGCCUACCUGCGCACAAGAAAGGCCUUCGGAAAGACCCUCUCAAACCUCCAGACAAUUCAGCAUAAAUUAGCCGAGUUGAAGACUGAAGUCUGUGUUGCCCGUGCCUUUACUGAUCAGUGUAUUGACCUUCAUAAUAUGGGCAAGCUUGAUGGCGGCAUGGCAUCCAUGAACAAAUAUUGGAUGUCCGACCUGCAGAACCGCGUCGGCUACCAGUGCGUGCAGCUCCACGGCGGCUGGGGCUACAUGUGGGAGUACCCGAUCGCCAAAUCCUACGUCGACGCCAAGGUGCAGACCAUCUACGGCGGCUCCAACGAGAUCAUGAAGGAACUCAUCGCCCGCCAGAUCGUGUCCGACAAGAGGGUCUAGAAAAUCCUGCGAUAACGGCCGGUCACGAGGACGAGGACGAGGACGAGGACGAGGACGAGGACGAGGACGACAGUGGUUCCGCGCUGAGCGAGGCUGCGACGAGAUAUUCGCCCGAGGUAGAGGGAGGAUAGGGAGGGAGGGGAGGGAGGGGGAGAGGGUUUCCGACGAUUGAAUGGGUUCCAGCUGGGUUCUCCGACUGAUUGUAGUAGAGAUGCUAACGUUUUCUUCUUCUCCUUCUACUUAAUAUCGUCUUUUGUAAUCCCCCCGGUGAAUCUUGCAGUAUUUCCCAAGGUCUAUAAAGAAAUGACAAAACGAAAAACAAGGUGCUAUGUUGCCAGUUACGACUAUAUCACACUACAUCUUCAUUGCACUGAAACCUUCGACCUCAUCUACCUGUUUUUUUCCGAGCACUUCAGCCACUGUGGUUUUUGCCUUCAAAACGACCAUGAAGCGGAGUUAUAAGAAGUGGAAUCCGGCCCGUUUGUCAAAAAAAGAAGUUCUUAGCGAUUUUAGAGACUUUUUUGCGUGACCCUUAGUAUCUGCACCAAAGUUACAGGCGUUUUUUUCAGCUGAAGUUUCUGAAACUUACGAGGUGCAGUGUCUUUCGGGUCAGUCAUCUGUACAUAUCUAUAUUUUUUCAGAACACCACAAUGCAAUUAGUAUAUAACACGUACUUAUAAAUGGUUAUUAGUUGUUAGUAAACCCCAGUGGAUAAUACCAUUUUCCAGAUUUGAUUUUAUUCCCUUCAUACAAUCGAUUUUCCUUUCUCCUUUCCUCUAGAAGAAGAAAGUGAAAUACUUUCAGUAGUUUAUUAUUUCAACUCCCAUUUCAACUCAAGAUUCUUAUUGACAUGAAUAUCCAGCAAACACACUAUAUUUACAUGAUUUGCACUGCUCUCACUAUUUAGUGAAUGCCCGUGUAUUGUUCUGCAGUUCAAUAGCUGUUUUGGUUUUGAUCAGAAUUAUUUUUAAAUGUAUCACAUUAAAGCUAGAUUAAGUGGAUUUGGAAGACAUACCAACAAUGCAUUAUUAGUUGAAGGAAAAUUAGAAAUUUGCUGUAUUCAGAUAUUGUAAUUUCAGUAAAUAAGACUUCAUAA